AUGUUCGCUUCUUCCGCUAUCCGCGCCGCUGCCCGUCGUGGCUUCUCCACCUCUCGCGCUCAGUUCGCCAGCCCUUACCAUUACGCUGAGGGCCCUCGUUCCAACAUUCCCUUCAACCCCAAAACCAAGUACUUCGCCGUGAGAUACUGGUCAUACAUGGCUGUCGGUUUCGGUGCCCCCUUCGGCAUUGCUGUUUGGCAAACCUACAAGACCAAAUAA